AAGAGUAAGCAGGAAGAAAAAAAAAUCUCAACAUGGAAAAUGUCCCCCAGGAAAGCAAAGGAGAUGAGCAGGCUCCGGUGCAGAAUGAAGAAGAAGCCCACCCUUUGGGAGGUGGUGAAGGCCAGCAGCCUGGAGGAAAUAUUAGAGCGGGUUGGGCCCCACCUGCCCAUGAUGUUAGAGAGGAUAUGCCCAAUAGGCUUGUCAAUAACCUUGACAUGAUAGAUGGAGAUGCAGAUGAUAUGGAACGGUUCAUGGAGGAGAUGAGAGAGCUAAGGAGGAAAAUUAGGGAGCUUCAGUUGAGGUACAGUUUGCGCAUUCUUAUAGGCGAUCCCCCUCACCAUGACCAUCAUGAUGAGUUUUGCCUUAUGCCUUGAAUGCUGAGGUUAAUAAUAAUAAACCCCCUGCUUCCCAAAGUUGCAUUUUCUUGAUGUACCCUUUGCUGUGAACCUGUGGUUUUCUGUCAUUUUUCUGAUUGGAGAUUUUAUUUCAACUUAGUCUAGAAGUUUAUCUGUCAGCAGGGGAGUUUCAUCAACUUGCAUGGAAAAAUGUUUAUUACAUACUGUGAAGGUAAUAAAGCAGUUUAAAAAGCAGUCUGUAGAUAUACUAUCUCAUUUAAAAGCAUGCAUAUUAUAUAUAUGUAUCAGAAUGCCUUUUUUCUUAAAUUUCUUUAAUUUUUCUUGAUUACCCAUUUUUUUCUCAUUUUUCCAAAAUGAAUACAUAUGUAUUAUAUGUGUCAGAAAAAGAGUAAGAGGCAAAGAACUUGCCGAUUGGCUUAUAAAGGGAAUGGAGACAAUAAAUAUUCAAGACACAAUUUAAAAGACACAUAAAUCUUAUAUUACCUAUUAUAAUAAGAUCUCCUAUUUAGAAGCACAAACCUGGUCAUUAUUACAGAUACAUUUCUUUACAGUGAGCCUAUUAAUCUGUGAAUGAACAUAACACAUGCACCCUUUAGGUGCUCUUCAUAUUUAGAGAAGGG